AUGACGGGUGGCACCGCUUCGGUAGAUAUGGCAGUCUUCUGUUUCGAUGUGAUAGCCGCUGCCGUCAACAAUCAUUCUGAUCCACCUGUGCCGGCCUCAAUACCUAAUGACAAAUUUCCUCUUUUUGUGACUUGGAAAAAAGGAAGCCAUCGACGUUUGAGAGGUUGUAUAGGAACAUUUUCACAACUUCACCUUCAUACGGGUCUUCGAGAUUAUGCUAUUACAAGUGCGUUUCAUGAUUCACGUUUCGAUCCUGUACGAAAAGAAGAAAUCCCUCAUCUUCACUGCAGUGUGUCUUUAUUAAUUAAAUUUGAAUCUGCUCAUGAUUAUAUGGACUGGACUAUCGGUAUGCAUGGGAUACGUAUUCACUUCAUGGACGGUAGUAUUCGUAGAGACGCCGUUUACUUACCGGAAGUCGCAUAUGAGCAGGGUUGGGACCAUCUUGAAACGAUAAAUAACUUGAUAGAAAAGGGAGGGUAUCGAGGUCGUAUUGAUGAGGGGUUUCGACUCUCAUUGCAAGUGACACGUUUUCAAUCAAGUAAGAUAAUGAUCUCGUACGAUGUAAGUUCCUUUUACGCGCCAUUUUUUUUCUUUCCACAGCUGACUAGUUUUAAAUCACAAUGA